AUGAACAUCAACGAUGGCAAAAGCAAUAAGAAUGGCCACACCAAUAGCAGUGACAGCGAUAAUAGCAAUAAUAAUGGACUGCGCUUGAAUCGUUAUCGUUUCUGUGCUGUCGUAAGUAGAAAACAGCCAGACUGGACGAUUUGUGAUGAAUUGGGUGAGAAUUUGGAGAGUAUUCACUGCGUGAAUCAGUCCUCGAAUACAUUGGAUAUCGAUAAUAUGCGGGUAAGUUCAAGUAGUUUAGACACUUCCAUGCAUCUAUAG